AUGCGUAUUCGCCUACAGCCUCGCAGGUAAGCGACCCCCAGGUAAGCUGAAUGUUUCCUUGUCUUUGCUCGCUCACCAUUUUCAUUUCAGCAAAGAGCUAGUCCAACGGCUAGACAACCUUCCUAUCGCCGCCGACGCCGCCGCUGCCGAGAAAGCCUCCGUGGAGAGCCGCUGGUGUCAACUGCGAGACACGGUCCAGGCGACGGUGCUCGCCGUCCUCGGUCGAGCACGCCGCCAACACCAGGACUGGUUCGACGACAACGACGCCGUCAUCAGCAAUCUGCUUGCUGAGAAGAACCGCCUACACAAAGCCUUCGUAGACCACCCCAGUGAUGCCAACAGACCUGCCUUCUACUGCAGUCGCCGCCAGCUUCAGCAGCAACUGCGCGAGAUGCAGGACGCCCGGACUGCUCGCAAAGCUGAGGAGAUUCAAGGCUACGCGGACCGUAACGAAUGGAAGAACUUCUUCUCUGCGAUCAAAGCUGUCUACGGUCCGCUGACUCAAGGCACUGUUCCUCUCCUCAGCGCCGAUGGCCGUACCCUACUUACUGAGAAAAUACAAAUUCUACAGCGAUGGGCCGAGCAUUUCCGGGGCGUCCUCAACCGCUCUUCCGCCAUCUCCGACGCCGCCAUCGACCGUUUGUCGCAAGUGGAGACCAACGUGGACAUCGACCUCCCGCCAUCUCUCCAGGAAACCAUCAGGGCCGUGCAGCAGCUCUCCAGCAGGAAAGCACCCGGAUCGGACGCAAUCCCUGCUGAGGUCUACAAGCACGGAGGUCCCCAACUGAUGAAUCACCUGACUGCUCUCUUCCAGGAGAUGUGGCGUUAAGGCGAAGUCACGCAAGAUUUCAAGAACGCAACAAUCGUGCACCUAUACAAGCGAAGAGGGAAUCGCCAAGUCUGUGACAAUCACCGCGGCAUCUCCUUGCUGAACAUCGCCGGGAAGAUCUUCGCUCGCAUCCUUCUCAACCGCCUCAAUAACCACCUGGAACUGGGCGUUCUGCCCGAAAGCCAGUGCGGCUUCCGUCGUCAUCGCGGGACCACGGAUAUGAUCUUCGCCGCCCGUCAACUUCAGGAGAAGUGUCAGGAGAUGCGGAUUCACCUGUAUUCUACCUUCGUGGACCUGACGAAAGCCUUCGACACGGUGAAUCGUGAAGGACUGUGGAAGAUCAUGCAGAAAUUCGGCUGUCCGGAGCGAUUCACUCAGAUGGUGCGUCAGCUGCACGACGGUAUGAUGGCGCGAGUCACGGACAACGGAGCUGUCUCAGAGGCAUUCGCAGUGACCAAUGGAGUGAAGCAGGGCUGCGUACUGGCGCCUACCCUCUUCAGUCUUAUGUUCUCUGCCAUGCUGAUGGACGCCUACCGCGACGAACGCCCCGGGAUCCGCAUCGCCUAUAGGACGGACGGUCACCUUCUAAAUCAACGGCGGAUGCACUUCCAAUCGCGCGUAUCCACAACCACCGUCCAAGAACUUCGCUUCGCCGACGACUGCGCACUGAACACCACCUCGGAAGAUGAGAUGCAACGCAGCAUGGACCUAUUCUCCGCCGCUUGCGAGAACUUCGGUCUGGUCAUCAACACGCAGAAGACGGUGGUGAUGCAUCAACCGCCACCCAACACCGCCACCCAACACCGCCACCCAACACCGCCACUCCCCCAUCGCGUCGCAAAUCAGUGUGAACGGCACCCAGCUGCAAGUGGUGGAGAUCUUCCCGUACCUGGGCAGUACUCUCUCCCGCAACACCAUGAUCGAUGA